CUUCUCCUCCUCCUCCUCCUCCUCCUCCUCCCUCACAUAAUAAUAAUAAUCAAGAUGUGGAUCAUCAUAAAAGAUUAGAUUUACACUCAUGGCCAAAAAAGAAGAAUCCGACCCCUUAUGAAAUCUUUAAUAUCGAAUCAAAAGAUGUCAAUAUAUCAACUCAUGAAUUGAAUAAAAUAUUAAAGAAAACUUAUAUUAAAUUUGUUAAGAUUUAUCAUCCGGACACCAGUCAAGUUGUAUAUGACAAAGGUAAGGAGUUAACUUCAUUACAAAUGAGACAUAGAUUUGAUCAAAUACAAAAUGCAUAUGACAUUUUGAAAAAUCCUAGACGAAGAGUAGCAUAUAAUCGAUAUUCAACCACGAAUUGGGAUCAGCAAGGGCAAUAUACUCAAGAUUCGUCCUCUGCUUUCAAUAAAGAUAAUUUUGAGGCUUAUAGACGUGCCCAUGCUCAUAGGACUAAUUAUAGUUUUGAAAAUGAUGAAAGCUUUUGGCAAGCUGGUACUUGGGAGGAUUAUUAUAAAAUGAAAUACGGUAGGAAACCACCUACAAAAGAGGAACUUGAUAAAAAUAAAUAUAAAAUAUUAUUUGGAGUAGUUGCAGUUGGGGUUCUAUCAUUUGGUAUUCAAGUUAUGUUAGCAAUUGAUUCAAGUAAUGAAUAUUAUGCACAAACCAGACUUAUGAAUUUAAAAUCAGUCCAAGAUUUACAAAAUAGUGUUGACAAUUAUGGCGAAGGCUCGAACCAAAUCGAACGAUUAAGGCGAUUCUUAUUAUCUAGAAGAUCUUCGUUAGCUGUUAAGGAGGUCAAUGAACCACUGGACUCAACAAAAACUUUUCAGGACGAAGAGGACGAAAUAUUGGUUAAAUAUGCCCAGAAACGGGUUAGUAAAUGGGAUUAAUGAUUUUAGAAAUGAAGUUUUAUGUAUGGUAUGUAUAUUUUUUUAACUAUAAUGAAAAAUAGGAGGCU